CUGAACAGUCGGCUGAGUCGACUCCUACGAGCGAGUCACCGAGCGAGUUAUUAUUAUUAUCAUCAUUAUUCUAUCAAUCAUUCUAUGCAUGCCUAUAUGGUAACAAUCCAUGCGUCUCUUCAGAGCAGGACGUCUGCUCCUUUUCAGUUUUUUUUAUAUUUGGUCUCUUCAUUGUGAUAUUGCGAGUAAGUAAGAUCCUUCUCUACUAAAGAUUUUCUUUCAAUCAAACUGCUUAGAAAUUUCGUUUUGCUUCUGACAGAUGGCCAAAGUGGAUAAAUGCACAUGUCACAUGGCGAAGUUGCUGUAGCAUUCCAAAUGACCAGUUUAGAAAGUAUUAACGAAGCAAGGAUGGAGCUGAUAGAAGCCCUCGGUGAAUUCAAAGAUGCGUACUUAUGUAUGAUGAAACAGUGGUUUAAAAUGCAGAUAAGCAAAAAAGAAUUUGAAGGAGAAAUAAGGAACAUGCUACCACAGCAUCAGCUACACUUGCAUAAUCGGUUUAUUCUUCGAUUAAUCAGCAGUUGCCUCAAAUCAGAGGAUGACACAGCAAAAAAGAGGUUUCUCCUUUCCAAAAAAGUCGAAUUGGUAAAAAACAAAGAGCCCUGUGAGCCCCCCCAGAAAAUGCCUAAAAUCGAGGAAGAAGUAUCGAAACCUUUUGCAAAAUCUGCUGACUUUAUAGCAGCAGAAUGGGGUGAAUACCUUCCAGAGCGACGAACACCUUCCCCAUCUUUGAUAGAGCAGCAGCAUUAUGCUUCUCAAGAACUCUUCCUACCUGAUCUCUCCAUGAUUCAUGGCCGAAUGAUGUUGGUCGCAUGGGAGUUGGGUUUAGAUGGGGCCGAGUCAUCAGCAGCUGAAGUCUUGGUCACCGCAACACAAUAUUUCUUGAAAAAUUUACUCACUGCAGUUCUCUGUGGGCGAAAAGGAUUCAAAGUACGAGAGAAUCGUUUUAUCUACAGUAUUGGCACUCCCAUGCCCAAUCCCAUUUUGCGUAAUUAUCCAGACUUGACUAAAGAUUUUCAUAGCACGGAGGUCAUUCGAUCAAACAUGGACUGUCAAAAUUGGGAAAAACUAAAAACCGAGCACAGUGACCAUGAGUUUCCCAGGGAGGUAGCCAUCUUGCUCAGUUCUGCCAUCAAACCAACUUUAGAAAAUGAACGCUUUAAGCAGCGUAUCAUGUUUGAAAUGGCUUGUAGCAGUGCACCUAGUUAUAAAAUUCUCAAAAACCCCAAUGUCACCACCUUGGAUAUAAUCGAAGCAUUGAAUACCAACAGGAAUUUGAUAGCAUCACACAGUAUAUUUUCAAUCAGCAUAGAACGAAUGUUAGCUCGGCAGCAGCAUCCUAGUUUGGGCGAGAUGGAGUACAUCAGCUUGGUUUGAUCGAUCUUGGUGAAGCAAUUGGCUCUUUCAACUUUGUAAGAAGAGUGAAAAUUGGUCAAGAAGUUGGUUCACUCCUUCUUAACUUGAAACAGAACGCAGUUAAUCAUUAAUGAGAAAUUAGCAGAUUUUGAGCUACGUGUUCUACCUUGUUUUUGCGUCACAUUCCAUCUGGAGGUACAUGUUAUGUACAGAAACGGAUGGUAGCGUUUCUCUCAGGCCAUUUUCUAACUUAUUCCUCUUUAUCAUUGUUAUCGUUCUUUGCAUUUCUGCAUCAAAUUUUGGAUGUAGAGCCGACUGCACACACAGCAAGUGGGGAUCUGCAAGUGACUGCAAGAGGCUCAUCGGUGAGCGUGCAAACUGCGCGGGCCGCGCAGUCUGCGCGAUCAACACUCAACACAGCGGCACUGAUGUGCCACUUGCAGGUCCCCACUUGCUGUGUGUGCAGUCGGCUUAAAUCUGACUUUCAUAUUUCACAUUCAUCGAGUAGUAGUUUCACUACUUAUACUCACCUCUGUUUCCUUUACGUUCAAGAAUUAAGAAACUACUCUGUUGUCUCUUGUAUACUGAUUUAUUACAUUGUAAAGAUAUUGUAUAU